AAAUUCAUUCAGUUCAGUCUGUGUGUCGAGUGGUUGGUUAUGGUUGUUGGGUCACAAGACUAGUAAUAGGAAAUAAAUUAUUUUAUUUGUGUUUAAAUCGAGUAGUGCUACUAUUAUUGCGUAUCUCUACAUAUAUCCCUUCAUAAUCAUGGUGUCAUUGAUACCAGAUGUUUGUUUGUGAAUGACGAGUCAAAGUGCAAAUGAAUGAUGCAGUCUAUUUUCUGGACAGGCAGAGUGCUAUCACGUGCUAUAAGGAAUGGGAUUUCAAACUUAUCCAGCUCUGCUGAAUUAAACGUUUCGAGCAAGAAACAUCCAUAUUUAGUAUCAGUUGUGUGUGGAUUUCCCAAAGACAUUGUCAGUGGAAGAACUCGUAAAGGGCAAUUUGGGGACGACGCAUGGUUCUCUACCCAGUUCAACAAUGCGGACGUUAUUGGAGUUGCAGACGGAGUGGGAGGCUGGCGUGCUUACGGAAUUGAUCCCGGGGAAUUCUCCUCCUAUUUAAUGAAAACAUGCGAGAGACUAGUCCAAAUGGGCCAUUUCAAGUUGUCAGAGCCCGGUGACCUCCUAGCCAAGUCAUACUAUGAGCUACUUGAACACAAGAAGCCUAUACUAGGCAGCAGCACAGCUUGUGUUAUGAUCCUGGAUCGGACGGAGAGCGUGAUGCGCGCGGCCAACAUCGGCGACAGCGGUUACAUGGUCGUACGCGGCGGCCGCGUCGUGCAUCGCUCGCACGAGCAACAGCACUACUUCAACACGCCAUACCAGCUCAGCCUGCCGCCGCCGGGCCACGACAGGAACGUGCUCAGCGACAGCCCAGAGUCCGCGGACACAUCAGAGUUUGCCGUAGAAUGCGGCGACGUGAUCCUAGUCGCCACCGACGGCGUUUUCGACAACGUGCCCGAGCCAGUGCUGCUCGCCGAGAUGCGACGGGCGAAAACACUCGCUGGCGACUCGCCGCGUCUGCAGGCUGUGGCUAACUCUAUCGCGUGGAUGGCCAGAAAUCUGUCCUUUGACGGCUGCUACAUGUCGCCCUUCGCUAAGAGCGCUAGGCAGAAUGGAAUUGACGCUAUCGGGGGCAAACCAGACGACAUAACGGUGCUACUGGCGAUCGUAGCCCUAUGAAAAUGUCCUCACUCGAUUUAGGCACUUGUUCUUUUCAAAACUUAUAUUACGAAAUUAGUAGGUAUAUUAGUUAUAUUAAACAACGACACCAAAAAUUCGACAUUGUUCUAAACUUAGUGACGUAUUUGUGCAGGCAUGUCUAUUCAGCAUUAUAGGGUGGAUUUCAGUGCGGUUUAAUUGCUUGGAUGAACCUAAAACUUCUUAUUCUAUCACAAUAUAUUCCCACUUGUUAUGCUUCUACUGUAACUACUGUGCCGUCGGUUUCCAAAGUUACGAAAUUUCCACAUGUAAUAAUUUCGGAAGCUCUUCAUAAUUUAGUACGGGGAGCGAAACUUUCUAGUUCCAAAAUGGUAACUUUCUUUAUCCCUUGUGAAAUGUUCCUGAAACAUUCGAGUAAUUUUCCAACUUUUUGGAAACAUUCCUUAACUUGCACAUCUGUAUCUAAUUGUAACAUCUAUUAAUGAUGUUAUCUAAGCAGUUGAACCACUCUUACAUCCUCCGAUUAGGUAAAAUUUAGAAUUAUCUUGUAUUUGGAUAUCCUGUAGAAAAUCGCUGAACCGGCUCAAACCGUGACAUGUUUUUCUUGAUGACUAUGUAAAAUUUCGUUGACUCUACUUAAACAAUGACAGCCUUGAACACUAGUCACAUUAUGGUGAUAUUGAGUUGUGUGUGUAAGGAACUGUAAUUUUCUUUGAUCGCUAAAGAAAAUUGAUUGUUUCAUCUUGUGUGCUUAAAACAAGCAAUGCAGUUAGUGAGGGGUAAUGAUAACGAUGUUGUCGAGAUUUUUCACCACUUUUUAUAAUUCGUUUAUUUUGAUUAUUGUGUUUGAUGCCUGUGAUAGCACAUCGUGACGUGGGAAACGAAAGCACUGAAUCAUGAGUGAAUGUUUUAACGUUUGAAUGAAGACUGAGAUAGUUUUACGAUCCUUGUUGUUAUUACUGUAGAUUUUAAAGGUUAGCCAUCGGUUCUGUUUUUUUUUUUUACUUUAUAUGUUUAGUACAUUGUAAAUUAAGUAUUACCAGUCCUCAUUUCUGAUUAUAAUUAACUCGGAUGCAAACGAAACAAGUUGCAUUUGUAAAUAUUUUGAAAUUUUGCUAAAGAAUUUCUCGACAUCAUUAAACUAUGUGAGCUGUGAAAAUGUGUUUUUUCUUUAUAUGGAGUUAUGUGAAUGUUUAUGUACAGGUCAAUUCAAGUAAUAAGUAACAAUUUGAGGGGACACCGACGAUUGACUUCUGUAGGGCUUCUGGUUGCAAAUGUGAUUAAUUGUUGCUAUUUAAUUCAUUCGUGUACAUGUUGUGACAUCAAUUGUAAAACCAUUUUAAUUUCAUACUCGUUUUUACACAAAUCCAAUUGAAAUGUUCAUUCCGAAUAAUCCGAAUGUGUGAAAAAAUAAAAUAUUGUAAAUUUAAAA